UACACCGCUGUGUCGAAGUGCUCAGGAAGUGUAGAAAUGUUUAUAGACACGUUCAUGGACGAAAACUGAAUUAACGGAGCUUUUCCAUGCCACGAUGUCGCUCCAACAACGCGAGCUGAAUGAGGCGACCGAGGAUAAAGGCGUAUUCUUUAUCGAAACGGACUCCGAGUACGACUGGGGAGAGGAAGGCGAUGUAGACCAUCACAAACUUAUUUUGCAAAAAGCCGAUGCGCUUGCAUCGGAAAAUUGUCUCAAGGAGGCAAUUGACUGUUUUUCGAUGGCCAUGCGAUAUGGAUCCGUACGGCCGGAACAACUAAGCACUUUAGUGGACUGUGUUUUGCGCAACUUUAAUAGAAAGAUUGCGGGGAAAGAUGGACACGACAACGCCGGCAGUGACAUGUUUGAUUGUCUCAGCUGUCAUAGUUUUAUCGGCGAGGCUGUGACUCUAGUUUGUGGGCAUUCGUAUUGCAAACGAUGUUUACAACGCUGGCGUCUCUCCAAAUGCCUAGUGUGCAGUGAAUUGAUUAGAGACACACCUGGGGAUUUCAAAGUGAAUGUCAUUCUCUGUGGACUUUCGGGAAAAUGGUUCCCGGACGACCUGAAAAGAUAUAAAUCUAUUUGUGAAAUUGAAGACCUGACGAGGAGAAAGCGCUUCCAAGAGGCUGUGACACUAGCAACUGAUGUUAUUCAACGUGACCCCGUGGCUGCAACACUGGCAUGGUUGUCUCGUGCAGAGGCAUACGCUGCUCUCAAACAGUAUCACCUGGCCCUGGAAGAUGCAGAACUCUGUCUCGGCUCCAGCCACUCUGCAGAAGGGUUCUUCCGUAAGGCGAUGGUGCUCCAUGAGAUGGGCCAGGUGGAUGAAUCUCUGCAGGUCCUCCUUCACUGCCUGGCUUUGGAUGAAGACUUCACCUGUGCUAGAAGACAAGUGGAAAUGAUACUGUUUGACCUGCUCUCCAUGGCUGGUGAGAACGUCAAGGUAGGCCUGAGGGAGACGACACAAAGCACCUCAACGCAUCUACGCAGUAAAACCCUUGUUGCUGAGGACCAAACUCAGAAUCAACCCAAACAACAAAGCCCAUGUCCUAGCCAACACCAGCUCCGAGUCCAUGCUGCAUCUGCACACCACAAACCUGACAGCCAGGAGAAAUUUGCAAGGUCAGAAAGCCUGGAGCAUCCUGGGCUGAGUCGAGCUCAUUCGCUUCGAACCCAUAGUUCCACUUGUGGAGAGGAAGGGCUGAAGAGAGUUUCUUCUGCCCCCCAGCUGGGGGACCAGGAAAAGGGAGGCAUGUUGAAGAGAAAGUUGUCUGCUUCUGACUCGGGACCCUGCAUUGUGUGCAGUGGGAGUAGCAAGCAGAAAAAACAAGGGCUGUCCAGUGCCUCCAACCAACAAGCAGCUACAGCCAAAGCCUGCAGAGUCAUUCCACAGGACAUGCUGGAUCCCACUGAUUUGGAGUGCUCCCUCUGCAUGAGGUUGUUCUAUGAGCCUGUCACCACACCAUGUGGCCACACCUUCUGUAAAAACUGCCUGGAACGCUGCUUGGACCAUACACCUCAAUGCCCCCUCUGCAAAGAGAGCCUCCGAGAGUACUUGGCGUCCAGGAAAUACAUGGUGACCAGUGUUUUGGAUGAACUGAUCAAAAAGCAUUUGAGUGAUGAGUAUGCAGAGAGGACUAAGGCUCACCUCGAGGAGGCCCGCGAACAUUCAGACUUGAUGAAGAACGUGCCUAUCUUUGUGUGUACCAUGGCUUACCCCACUGUGCCUUGCCCGCUGCAUGUCUUUGAGCCUCGUUACCGCCUCAUGAUUCGUCGCUGCAUGGACACGGGUACACGGCAGUUCGGGAUGUGUAUAAACGAUCCCCAGAAAGGGUUUGUAGAUUAUGGCUGUAUGCUGAUCAUCAGGAGUGUCCACUUCCUUCCUGAUGGACGAUCCGUGGUGGACACAAUUGGAGGAAAGAGAUUCCGGGUGUUGUCGAGAGGAAUGAAGGAUGGCUACAGCAUUGCUGACAUUGAGCAUCUGGAAGAUACCAGGGUGGAGGAUAGUGAAGAGCUAGUAAGACUACAAGAGCUGCAUGACGAGGUGUACGAGCAGGCCCGCAGCUGGUUCCAAAACCUCAAGAUUCGUUUCCAUAACCAGAUCCUGCAGCAUUUUGGUCCCAUGCCGGAGAGAGAGGCCGAUAUCCAGGCAACUCCAAAUGGUCCAGCCUGCUGCUGGUGGCUCUUGGCUGUCCUGCCUAUUGAUCCUCUCUAUCAGCUUACUGUCCUUUCCAUGACCACCCUCAGAGAACGCCUGAUCAAGAUCCAGCAGAUCCUCACCUACCUACAGAGCAUCCCCAGCAGCUAGUGCUUCCGCCUCAAGAAACUUCCUCUGAAACUUCCAGUGACCUUCAGCCAGCUCCCCCCCAUCAAAUCUUUUGCCAACUUUCAUUUUAACUUCCUUGUUCAUUCUACAGCUUUAUAUACCUAGCAAGGCUCUUUCCCUGUUGUACUCAGAGAUGUUAACUUUUUUUUCCUCACAUUUCCGCCACUGUGCCGCCACAUUUUGGUGGCCCAGUGGUCGGCGCUGUCGCCUCACAGCAAGAAGGUCCUGUUUAAACCCUGGGGUUGUUCAACCUUGAGGGUCAUCCCAGGUUGUCCUUUGUAUGGAGUAUGCGUGUUCUCCCCUUGUCUGUGGUGGGUUUUCUCCGGUUGCUCAAGUUUCCUCCACCAUCAAAAAGACAUGCAUGUUAGGGUUAAUACUUCUGUCUGUGCCCCUGACCAAGGCAUGGCAAGACGAACUGGAGUUGGCCCCCGAGUGCUGCAUGGCGGCUGCCCACUGCUCCUAGCUAUACAGCGAGGAUGAGUUAAAUGCAGAGAUGAAUUUCCCCACAGGGAUUGAUAUAGUAUAUCAAAAUCAAAGCUGUACAGACAAUAUCAGUGCAAACUUAAGACCCCCCCCCCCCCCCGUUAGUGAUGAUCACUGCUCCACACAGCAGAAACCGAGAGACAACACCUCAGGGAUACCUCAAAUGUUGCAUAUUUUGAGACUAAAAUUUAGGAUUUUUGCAUAUUUAAGAUUCAUUUUUGUUGAGCUGUCCCCUCGUUCUUUCAAACUUGCUACAGUCUAUUACAACAUCUGCCAUACUGGCCUACUUCAUUUAGAAAGCUUCAAUUUUUCGUCGUCAUCACCCCCCUUGGCUGGAUGUGGUCGAGGAUGAUGACAGAGUAGCGUGUGGUAAAUACUCCUAUGUGUUUGCUAUUUAUAGGAUAAGUCCUAAGUUUCUUGAAAGUAGAGGAGAAGCAGAUUCAAAUAGAUGUUACAAACAGAUUUUUCAGUUGAUUAAUGCAUCACCUGAAUUUUUAUUUUAUUCUUGGGGAAUUGUCACCUUGUCUCCAUACAGUAGGGUAAGCAUGUCUAACAGUUGGAUGGUAGAAGUGGACAUAAAAGGAGGGGUGUUGAGGCUGAGGAAUGUGUGUGAAGAACAGAUCUCAGAAAAAAAAAAAAUCAGGCUCCAGCAAAAAGGCUGGAAGACAUUGAAGAAAUGAUUAAACCCAGAAACCUUAGGCAUGAAGCUUUCACAUCACAUCUAGUCUUCAUACCCUGCACAUCUUGAACCACUACAACACUGGCAGAGGCGCUUCCAAGAAAGGGGUCUCCUUUUCUACCCAUGGUUCAGUAGAAUUUCUUCCAAUUGUCAUGCUGAAAUGCUGUGAAAGAGCCAUUUUGACCCUCAUAACAUACUUUGAUACACACUGAUGGCUUUGGUACAAUGCUUUAAUUAGCUUUUCUUCCAAUAACAUGGUCAUCACUUUUCUUUUUUUUUUGUCCGACUAAACAAGAUUUUCCACGAAUUUGUUAACUUAAAGCUUGAUACCUCUGCAGUGAAAAUUUUUCACAUGUGAAGGUUUCAUGCUUUCUCGCAUUAACUUUCCUCCAUCUAAGCCAAAUGUUCCAGCUACCCAUUUAGUCAAUGUUGUGUAAAUUUGAAGCUUGUAUAUUUAUACAUUGGACCAUGUGUUUGUAUGGGAAAAACGAAACCAAGGGGCAAUAUUAUGACAAAUCAAAGAACAAAACGUGUACAAUGGCCAUGGUUUCAUGGACUGGCUCUUGUCAGACAUAAGAUGCACUGUUUACUUAAAGGAAAGUGGACACUACUUAGGUUGCUUGAGUCCACACACUAUUUUGCCUUAUACCAUUUUGGCAUUAUGAUUUUUAACACAAUAACGUGUUGGCUUUGUUACAAUACCAGUCGCCAUAGUAAUUGUCUGUUUUUAUUUAAAUUUGAUGACUGUUGUCUGAAGGCGCUGGUGUUCACAAUGUUAUGAAAGAAAAAAAUGGAAAAGUCAAAGCUCUAAUGUAAAUCAUUUGUAAAAAGGCUUUUUGGGAGCUUGCUUUUUUUGCCCAAAUGUUUUAAGUUAUCAUUUUUGCAAUAAUAAA